AUGUCCUUUGCUAUUAAUUCUGCUUUUCCCCUUUAUAUUCCAUAUGCAGAGAAGCAGAGGGAGCUGGCUCAGAAGGGAUCCCUGAAGAACGGCAACAUGGGAAGCCCAGUUAAUCAGCAGCCCAAGAAGAACAACGUGAUGGCACGAACAAGGUUCGUCGUUCCCAAUAAGGGCUAUUCGUCAUUAGAUCAGAGUCCAGAUGAAAAGCCACUGGUAGCCCUGGAUACGGACAGUGAUGAUGACUUUGACGUGUCCAGAUAUUCCUCCUCAGGAUACUCAUCGGCUGAGCAGAUCAACCAAGACUUGAAUAUCCAGCUGCUAAAGGAUGGGUACCGGUUAGAUGAGAUCCCAGAUGACGAGGACCUCGACCUAAUUCCCCCUAAAUCGGUCAACCCUACUUGCAUGUGUUGCCAAGCCACAUCCACCACCUGUCACAUCCAGUAG